CUCAGCAGAUAUGUCGUUGUUGCCCGAAUAAAUUCUUGACGUUGGAAACUGACAAGAGUGUGCACGAAUAACGCGGUUGCAGGUUACAGACCUCGUGAGAGGCGGCACAGCACGACGGUGUCGACAUACCAAAACGACAUUUCUGCAGACCAGGAUUCAAGAUGGGAUCAACGAACUCGGAUUCAGCCGGCGGCGACCAUAAGUCCAAGCCUCCACCGUUAUCAACGAACCCGGAGGUAAUCGCUGAGAAGCUUACCUCACCGUCGAACAUGGAAACAUCGUCUCGUGACGAUAGAGCGCAGUCACCACCGACGAGCUCAGCAACCUCCGCUCACUUCAAUUUGCCGAAGAGCGAAGCUAGCACUCCAGGUGUGGAAAAGCCAUCUUACGAUUUGCCCUUGUUGACCAAACAAUCUCUCAAGGUCGGACUCGUUGGCGCAGGCAUUGGUGGCCUUACGGCUGCGAUUGCCAUUGCGCGAGCAGGUUGCGAUGUCACCGUCCUUGAGGCUGCGGCCGAGCUUGGUGAAAUUGGAGCUGGGAUUCAGAUCACUCCGUACCGAGCUGUCCUCCCAUACGAGGAGGUUUACCGCAACGUGCCAGAAUCACGGGACUUUGGAAACGAUAUCGACGUCUUCACCAUGGAGAAGGGCUACGUGAUCAUGUAUCCCAUUGCGGCUGGGCGCGAGUGGAACGCAGUAAUGGCACAUGUUACAGACAAACCCGUGACGGACGUGGAAGAAGACUGCUCGAUGGAGGAGAUGCGAGAGUACUACAAAGACAUGGAUGAGAGAGUCACGAAAAUUCUGGAGCUCGUUCCUUCAACGAAACGUUGGCCGCUGAUGACUGUGGGCCCACUGAAGUCGUGGUCGAGUCCGCAGAAGAAUGUGGCUAUUAUGGGUGAUGCAGCCCAUGCAAUGGUUAACCAUCUCGAUCAGGGAGCUGCGACGAGUAUGGAAGAUGGCGCAUUUCUCGGCCGGGUCCUCAGAGAAGUGAUCACUGGUGUUCUGACCCUACCAGAGGCCGUGAAAAUCUACGAAGACACUCGAAUGCCACGAGCUUGGGCCAAGCAACAAGAGUCCUUCAUCAACGGUUCCAUAUUCAUGGCCGAUGAGCCGCGAGGUCGUCUCAGAGACGAAGCAGCCGCAGAUUCCGUCGCAGAAACAAAAGCCAUGUCUGAAGUAUGGAACCUCGACUCGAAAGCAGCCGUCACAGGGCCAGACGAGAAUGCCCUAUGCCCGAAUCUCUGGGGUGCUCCGGAGACGCUGCAGAGUGUCUUCUCCUACGACCCGGAAGGCGACGCAGACUUCGCGGUCAUCAAGCAUAUUCAGGACACCACGCCGUGGGAUAAAGUGACGGGAGUCAGCGAGGGCUUGGAAGAGAAGUUGACGGGUUGGUUCUGGCCCAAAGAUCAGGUUGGCCGUGUGGCGAAGGCUAGAGGGACAGACCUAUAG